AUGAUAACAAAUCGCGUCAGCGCUAAAGAGUUUGUUUUUUUUUGUUUUGAGAAGAUAAGCUUCAAUUUUUCCCAUGUUAGGUUGGAGUUGGCGUCCCGGCAAACGCCCUGGUUCUCGAUUUACGUCUCCGGCGUGCUCCUCUGCUUCAUCGGAAUCCAGAAUGGCGUUUAUUUCACGUCGACCUGGCAGUAUUUGUCAGAGGUUUAAAAAUGACAUUUUAUCUUUUCUGGAGUGUCUGAUUGGCUUAUAGUCGAUUCACGACUUGUUUGAGGGCGUGGCUUGUCUGUGCUCUCCCCUAAAAAUACACUCUCUCUUAUAUUAUCGUGUCAGGACCUUUUUUCGAUCGCUCAAGCCACGUAGAUCAGCUAUAGCUCACUGCAAACCGGAGAAAAAGACAUUAUUCGUUAAUAGUGAUUUCGAAAGCUUGAAUAGCUUGAAGUUCAAAAUCGAUUUGAAUGAAAUUCAGAACGACCCAACGGCUACCGUUGAUUUUCUCGGGUUCGUCAUCGGGUUAAUGUCUUUGGGGUGUGCAAUUGUGGGUUUUAAUUUUAUAAAAGGUUUUUUAAAACUGUCUCUGUCAUAGGCGAAGUUGGAAGGGUGGGAAAAGGCUGCAAAAAAUGUUCAUUCUAGAGUGACAAAAGGCUUCCAUUUUGCUGCCUUUCUGCGCCAUUUCAUCGGCUUUUAUGUAACAUUUUGCUGUCUCUCCUUUUUUCAACCGCUUCUUGAGUCUUUAAAAAUCUAAAAAACAUUAAAGGCUCGAUAGAGGGACUCUUUUUGGUGCCUUUCUGCGGCCUUUUUUGAGCCUCUUCUUUUUAGCGGCUAUUAUCCACCCUUCCGACUUUGCCCGAGAAUUUUCUUUUAUUGCGCAUAAGCUUUCAAAAUGAUGUUAACAAUUCAGUUUAUGAAGCUUUUUUCUCCACUUUGGUUCAACUUUGGUCUAGAAAAUUGAACUUAUCAUUAAUAAAAAUUUAAAAAAAGGCGAAUCCGGCCCUGGGCUACUGGAGUCAAGUCAGUGGAUCGACCAAAAAUCCGGUCAUUUUUGCGUUUUGCGUCAGUGGAGUGGGUCAGUUUAGCUUCGGAACUUUUCCGAAUUAUUUUAAAUUUUGAAGGAAAUUUCAUCUACGGUUUCGCGUACUUAUUCGAUCCGAAUGCCAAGUGGAUAAUGCUCUUUUCAAGAUUCCUUACAGGGAUAGGGCCAGGUUAGUCUUUUUUUUAUCAGGUUGGCUGAUGAAUUUUGGAUUAUGUGUACCUUUUCCGCCAAUUUUUUUCGAGGGAAGUGAAAAAAAGGCGAGUUUGAGAAGAUUUUUUUUGAAUCCAAAUGAAAGACGCGAAAAAUCAUAACCCCACAAGGAAGGUUAUUUCACUUUGCGGUUGGGACUUUCAUACAUUAAUAUACAGUCAGUGAGAAAUACUAAUGAGAAAUUAGAAUUUGGUGCGUAAUAAGAAGAGCCAACAGUUAAAUUGAUAAAAAAAAAAGGCUAUAAAAAUCGGUCAGAACGCUCCUAGACGUACCAGAAAAAAAGUUCUAGCAGUCUCAACCUGCAAAACUUACUAAUGUUUGGGAAAGGACACCUCAAAGCCAAAGAAAGCCCUCAAAACUUGAAAUGGGCUAUUUUUGGGCCUUGUUUUCCGAAAACUAGGCAGUUGUGCAGGUUGAGACUUUCAGAAUCUUCUUCGAGUACAUCGAGGAGUGUUCAAUUUUCAGAAAAUUUCUAAGAAAAACCGUCCUUGCCACCGAAAUUCCAGCACUCCUUAAUCAUUGUUUUUCUAUGCCUUUUAUCGAAGAAUUUCCUCAGGAGCUCUCGGGGUGGUCCGCAGUUUCAUAGGAACCGCGAGUACACGUGAAGAUCGUUUCCGAGCAAUAACUCUGGCCAACGCCGGAUUUUCGGCCGGCUUUUUCCUCGGUCCAGCUAUUCAGGUUCGAAUAAUUUUUACAAAACGAUAAAGUCUAUUUUCCGUGACUUGAAAGGGAUUUCUCUGUGCCCUCAUUAUCUCUCGACGUCUCUCUCAUGUUUACGUGAUCUUUCCAUGUUUCUCUGACGUCGCCGGUGAGGGAACAGAGAGACGCAGACACGCGAAAAUUGUCAAGUCGCGGUGGAUGGACUAUAGCCUUUCACGAAAAGCUACUAAAACGAAAAUUAGUGAAAAAUAAGGCUUACGCGAAGUUCAAAAUUAUCUCUGACUCUCCGCAAUUUCGUUGUCUUUUUCACUCUCUGGCUAUUUUGAAUUUCGCGUAAUUACUUCAAACACGGCAUGAAAGAACCUUAAAGAGACCUGAUAAAAUAUUCUAUCGAGUAAAGGAGAUAUCAAAUCUGAAUAUUUGAAACCCUAAAAAUGUGAGACCAUAUUUCAGCUGGGAUUUUUUCCCCUGGGAAAAGACGGCUACUCCCUGGGGCCAUUGGAGCUCAACAUGUACACCACUUGCGCAUUUUUUGUGUUUGAUCAUGGAAAAAAUAACUGCUCAAGAUUUUUAUAACUUUAGUUCGCUUCUGAGUUUCUGCUCAGCCACUCUGGCAAAACUCUGUAUCGACGAGGACUACGUUGGAAUCAUCAGCAAUGAAGAAAAGACAGGUCAUUUUCCAGUUUUUCUUCUGAGAAAUCUCGUGUUAGUCCAUGGCCAGUCUUAUUUUGAAGGGCACGAACUCCUCUUCCUCCCAAUUAUUUCUUAAUUAAAGUGAACACCGCCUUCUUGAGAAAGUUUUCCUAGUUAACCUACAAGAAAGGUAAUUUUACUUGAUUGGGAAUAUUCUGAAAAAUUGGCCAGAAAAUAUCUCAAAGAACUAGAAAAAUAUUUUCAAAAACUAAACCCUUUUUUCUACAAGCUUGAAAAAAGGUAAAAAAAAAACAGCAAUAUUAAAGGAUCAUAGGCCACGACGUUUUUCUACGAGUCACGCCCACUUUUUCGUAAAGUUUCAUGUGUCGUGUGCAUGCACUGCGCCGGUUUUGUUGCAGAAAAAUUGCGUUCAAUUAUAAGAUUCGUUUCAAGAACCUCUAGCAAUACAGUGGCCUGCGCCUUUAAUAUGCGCUGUUGAUUAGACUAUUGUAGCCGAAAUCUGUGUCGUUCCAAUGACGUCACGUGGGAACAGCGGAGAUUUUUUUUGCAGACGAUCCUUUCUUCGUGAUGCCCAAAUUCGAGAGGCUUCCCGUGAUUCUGCUCUUCUACAUGUGGUGGCUGAUGUGCGGCGUUGUCUGCAUCGAAAGUCUGGCCGCCCCUCUGACGAUAGCCAUGUUCGGUUGGAGCGCCGAAGACGCCGUCUUCUACAACGGCUUCCUCCAGACCUUCUCCUGCAUCUUCACGACCGUCGUCAACUUCACCGUCGCCAAUACUAGAGUUCAAUUCGUGUCAGUUGCACUAGGGUCUACUUCUUUUUGACUAAAGCUGGAAAAUUCCCAAAAAAUCGCUUUUUAGUCUUUUUCAGAAGGUGAAGCUUGUCUUGAAGUGUAGCAGAUCGAAGAGAAUUUCUGAAAAUACUGACUGAAGUGCAGAAAUACGGUUCUUUUCAUUAAAAUUAACAAAAAUUAGGCUUUUCCUACCUUGUCUGAAACUUUUCUCUUCUCAUCUAAAAUUUUUUCGAUUUCAAAAAUAACUUUUUGUGUCUACGGAUUCCUAGCUCUGAAGAAAAAACUAAUCCUUAUCAAAUUAGUCGUUCCUCACGGUUAGGAUUAUUCUGACCUGUCUGCGCUCUCUUUUCCCUCACCCCUCAUGGAAAAAUGAAAAUAGCACGUAGAAAAAGAGCGUCGCAGAGAAAUCAGACUUUUUUAGAUUUGCAUGAAAGAUAUAGCCCAUUCUACGCUAGCUUGUCACGCUUUUCAUCACCUUCCAAGCUUUUUUUAGCCUAUUAAAGGCGCAUACACAGAGGCAGGCAUCAGAUGUCGAAAGGAAGCUUCAUGAAAGGGUUCUGUAGCUCUCCGGAAAAUGAAAAUCAUGAAAAUCUUGUUCGGAAUGGGCUAUAGCAGUGAAGCGACAAAAAAGUUUUCAUUUUAUAGUGACCAAAGAAAGCUUCUGAUCUUCGGAUUGCUCAACUUUUUCACCUUUUUCGCAGUCCACCUACCUUGGCCAUUCUAUCCGGGACCCAUCGGAAGGUCCACCGAAGGUAGUUCAAUAAUAGCCGUUCAAAAAAUAAUCCAAACUUAAGGAUUAUUACUGACAAAUGGAACGAAUAUCACAGAAAGUCUGGUGAUGGAAGGUUGCAUAUGGGACUGGUGCGAUUACACGCCGAGGUUCUUUGAGAGAACAUUUUCAACUUUUUGAAAAUUCUUAUUUCAGAGUACCUAUCGUAUUGUACCUGAUAGUGUUCUCAGUGGCCUUGGGACUUGCCUUCCCCUUCGUUUCUUCGAGCACCUUUGCUCUCCUAACUCAGAUCUUGGGGCCGAGGAAACAGGUUUUCGUUGUCCCUUGGAAAAUCCGAGAAAGAGAAUGAAGUUUGAGGAGAGUUUAGAAAAAAAUAGAUCUCUGAUUUCUCUUACGUCUCAAUAAGUCACUGUCUCUUUCUAAUUUCUUAUUGAAAGUUUCUUUUUUGGUCCUGUUAAAAAUGGCUUCUUGAUGCACUUCGGAGCGUCAGGCAACCUUAGAACUUGGAGUGCACUGAAGUUUGAGUAAGGGACCAUUCUAGGGUUUUCAGUUAGUAUCCACUAUAGGGAAGCAUGCUAGGCGUUUGUUAUAAACAGAGGUCGAUCACGUCGUUUCCAAAUUUACAAAAGAAAAUCAAAAAGCCCCUAUAGGACCACUCAAGCUUUAGAGACUCAGGUGGAAGGCCCUCAACCACUACAAGGACCACCUUGAUUUCACCCCUCUAGGCAUCACUUUUUCAACCCCUAUAGGGGCUAUUUAUUCUCCUGACCUCUUUAGGAACCACUCUGGCCUUCCUAAGUAUCUUUUCAAGCUGUUUUGAAAGAAUUAUAAAGACAUUUUGCUAAAGCAUACUUUUAGAGCUUCGUCCAAGGCUGGUUCGCCUUCACAGGAGCGUUUUCCCAAUUUGUCGUCUCCAUUUUAUCAACGUGGGUUCAAAAAUAAUUAAAAUGUCUCAUUCUCUGUGCUCUCUCCUCUUCCCGUGAUCUUUUCAUUUUCCUAUGACCUCGCCGGUAAGAGAAAAGAGAGCGCAGAUAAGUUAGACAGAUUUUUUUUGGAGGAACUAUAAUUUUCAGACGUCUUUUCGAGCACUCCGGCUACAAGUUGAUCAUGACCUACCAUCUGACGAUCGUCACCCUGGCUAUAAUUGGCGUUUUUCUUCUUUGGAAUCGUCUAGUUCCCCUGAAACUACUCCCACACCAAGGAAUCGCCACCCGAUACAAAAAAGGCACUUUCUACCGGAUGUAG